UCCUCUUUCGAGGCCCGAUCCCACUUUCCUUGAAUUUCACUCUCUCCUUUCUCACAGUCUGUGUCUGACUGAGAGAGAUCCAAGGGGAUUUAAAACAUGGCGUCUGAGCAUGUGGAAGCGGAUAAUGCUGAAGCCAUCAUCGCCAGAAUCGAGCACAAGUCCCGCAAAAUCGAGAGCUUACUCAAGCAGAAUAAACCAGUGGAAGCACUCAAGACAGCUCUUGAAGGGUCCCCUCCGAAGACCAAAGAUGAGAGGUGUAAGUCUGCGAACUGGAUAGUGGUGCACAGGGCAAUAAUGGCAAUCAAAGAUGUUGAAAGCUUGUUCUUUGCCUUGGAUCCCGAGUAUUAUGAUAUUCUCAUGAAGUAUCUUUACAGAGGCUUGUCCACUGGUGACCGUCCAACAUGCGACCAGUGUUUGAGGAUUCAUGAGAAGUUGACAGAAAAAGCUGGCUUGGGUUGCAUACUGCGUUCUCUUGCAGAUACUGUAAAUACUGUUUGAUUAACUGAUAAUCUCUUCUUGCUCAUUAUUUAGAUGAUUGAAUGGUAAUCAUUUGUAUAGUAGAGCCAGCACUGUUACUUAUGAAUGAUGAGAGUUAUUGAUUUCACCAUCUUGUACCGCCUCAAACAAAAGAAAACAUGAUAAAGAAACGCUCCUGCUUAAGGUCUUGCAUUUUC